GGAACCUCCUCAAUGAGCCACAUUGUCGCGGCGAGUCCCGCGGUGCGCAGCGCUCCGCGCCGCUCCGCACCAUGAUCGCCUCCCACCUCCUCGCCUACUUCUUCACCGAGCUCAACCAUGACCAGGCGCAGAAGAUUGACAAGUACCUUUACGACAUGCGUCUCUCCGAGGAGACCCUCCAGGAGGUGUCGCAGCGCUUUGGGAAGGAGAUGGAGAAGGGGCUGGGAGCAGACACCAACCCCACCGCCUCGGUGAAGAUGCUGCCCACCUUCGUGAGAUCCACCCCCGAUGGGACAGAGGAUGGGGAUUUCUUGGCGCUGGACCUCGGUGGCACCAACUUCCGCGUGCUGAGGGUCAAGGUGUCGGACAACGGGCUGCAGAAGGUGGAGAUGGAGAACCAGAUCUACGCCAUCCCCGAGGAGCUCAUGCGGGGCAGUGGGGUGCAGCUCUUCGACCACAUCGCCGAGUGCUUGGCCAACUUCAUGGAGAAGCUGAAAAUCAAAGACAAGAAGCUCCCUCUGGGGUUCACCUUCUCCUUCCCAUGUCACCAGACCAAGCUGGAUGAGAGCAUCCUCGUUACGUGGACAAAAGGAUUCAAAUGCAGCAGCGUGGAGGGGAAAGACGUGGUGUCGAUGCUGCGCAAGUCCAUCAAGAAAAGAGGGGAUUUCGACAUUGACAUCGUGGCCGUGGUCAAUGACACCGUCGGGACCAUGAUGACCUGCGGCUACGACGAUCAUAACUGUGAAGUUGGCCUCAUUGUGGGUACCGGUACCAACGCCUGUUACAUGGAGGAGAUGCGACACAUCGACCUGGUGGAAGGGGACGAAGGCCGCAUGUGCAUCAACAUGGAGUGGGGGGCGUUCGGUGACGACGGCGUGCUCAACGACAUCCGCACCGAGUUCGACCGCGAGAUAGACAUGGGCUCGCUCAACCCUGGCAAACAAUUGUUUGAGAAGAUGAUCAGCGGGAUGUACAUGGGAGAGCUGGUCAGGCUCAUCCUGGUGAAGAUGGCCAAGGAAGGGCUCCUGUUUGGAGGAAGGCUCACCCCAGAUCUGCUCACUACCGGCCACUUUGAGACCAGAUAUGUCUCUGCUAUUGAGAAGGAGAAGGAAGGGCUGCAGAAAGCCCACGAGAUCCUCAGCAAGCUGGGCCUGGAGCCGUCUCAUGAAGACUGUGUGGCCACCCACCGCAUCUGCCAGAUCGUGUCCACCCGCUCGGCCAACCUGUGCGGGGCCACCCUGGCAGCCGUGCUGCGGCGCAUCAAGGAGAACAAGGGGCUGGACCGGCUGCGCUCCACGGUUGGCGUGGAUGGCUCCGUCUACAAGAAGCAUCCCCACUUCGCCCGGCGUCUCCACAAGACCGUGCGGAAGCUGCUGCCAGACUGCGAGAUCCGUUUCGUGCGGUCGGAGGACGGAAGCGGCAAAGGGGCGGCCAUGGUGACGGCGGUGGCCUACAGACUGGCCGCCCAGCACCAGGCACGGCAGAAGAUCUUGGAAGCGCUGAAGCUGAGCCACGAGCAGCUCCUGGAGGUGAAGCAAAGGAUGAGGACGGAGAUGGAGAAGGGGCUGGGCAAGGAGACGCACGCAGAGGCGACGGUGAAGAUGCUGCCCACCUACGUGUGCUCAACCCCGGACGGGACAGAAAAGGGAGAUUUCCUCGCCCUGGACCUGGGAGGUACCAAUUUCCGUGUGCUGCUGGUGCGCGUGAGGAACGGGAUGCGGCGCGGCGUGGAGAUGCACAACAAGAUCUACUCCAUCCCGGUGGAGAUCAUGCAGGGGACGGGGGAGGAGCUCUUUGACCACAUCGUCCACUGCAUCUCCGACUUCCUGGAAUACAUGGGGAUGAAGGGCGUAUCGCUCCCGCUCGGAUUCACCUUCUCCUUCCCGUGCCAGCAGACCAACCUGGACGAGGGGAUCCUCCUGAAGUGGACAAAAGGUUUCAAGGCGACUGGCUGUGAAGGAGAAGAUGUGGUGAACCUGCUGAAGGAGGCGAUUCACAGGAGGGAGGAAUUUGACCUGGAUGUGGUCGCGGUGGUGAAUGACACAGUUGGCACUAUGAUGACCUGUGGGUACGAAGAUCCGUAUUGCGAAGUUGGGCUGAUAGUCGGCACAGGCAGCAACGCCUGUUACAUGGAGGAGAUGAGGAACGUGGAGCUGGUGGAAGGGGAGGAGGGCAGGAUGUGUGUCAAUAUGGAGUGGGGGGCGUUUGGUGACAACGGGUGCUUGGAUGACAUACGGACAGAGUUUGACAUGGCAGUGGAUGAGCUGUCUCUCAACCCUGGGAAGCAAAGGUUUGAGAAGAUGAUCAGCGGGAUGUACCUGGGGGAGAUCGUCCGAAAUAUCCUGAUGGAUUUCACCAAGCGAGGGCUGCUCUUCCGCGGACGCAUCUCAGAGAGGCUGAAGACCAGAGGGAUCUUCGAGACCAAGUUCCUGUCCCAGAUAGAAAGCGACUGCCUGGCCCUGCUCCAGGUCCGCUCCAUCCUGCAGCACCUCGGCCUGGAGAGCACGUGCGACGACAGCAUCAUCGUGAAGGAGGUGUGCACGGUGGUGGCGCGGCGGGCGGCUCAGCUCUGCGGGGCCGGCAUGGCGGCCGUGGUGGACAAGAUCCGGGAGAACCGCGGGCUGGACUUCCUCAAGGUCACGGUCGGCGUGGACGGCACGCUCUACAAGCUGCACCCUCACUUCUCCACCGUCAUGCACGAAACAGUGAAGCAGUUGUCUCCCAAGUGCGAAGUGACCUUCCUGCAGUCGGAAGACGGCAGCGGCAAGGGCGCGGCGCUCAUCACGGCGGUGGCCUGCCGGAUCCGGGAGGCCGGCCAGCGAUAGGAGGCAGGAUGGAGGUUUGCCGAAGAGUUUGGUUUCAGCUAAAACAGGACAUUUCCCCAGCUGCCCCCCCCUCCGUACACACACACACACACACGUCCGUGGCCUCCCCUCGCAAGCAGACUCUUAGCUUUACUUGUUCUCUUGAGAUACCGCCAGUGGGACUGGAGAUGCUGUGUGCUUUGUAUAGAGUUGUCUUGGGAGUUUUAUUGCAUGCCAUAAAAGUGCACAUCAAGUAAAGCUAAAAGUGUCUUUUGGCUGUCUACCCGCAUCUCCAGUUAGAGCUGGACGGUUCCACGUGCAGCCUCCCCCAAACACCAGCUUUCCUCCCACCUCACCACUCUCACAUCUUCCCUAACAGCAGAAUCGAUAAUGCCAGAAUAAUUAAGACACUGCAUUGUCACUUUAUAGUAACUGGUACCUAUUUAUGUAUGUCGGAGUUGUAGCAUGUCCGUGCUGUAGAAAGCAAACCUCUUUAAGAUUGGGCUAAAGACCUGCAUUAGUCUUUUACCCUGAUCAAGGCUGUUUUAUUUCCAUGAAAGUCAUGGUAACUCUUAAAGCACAGGGUGCAGAAUUUCAACCGGCGUGUUCCGAGUCUGCGCUGCAAGAUACCAAGUAUCUCUGUUGGUGAGCAAUACUAAAGAACUGCUGGACCCCAGUUUGAGGUUCCCUCUGACUGCUCCAGCAGAGCAUGUGCCUGGAAAUAAUUUGGGGACUCAGGGUCUAAUCCCAUUUCCCGACCUCUCACCCGCACCCUACAUCGUGUAGUAACGUGGUAUAUCUGUGUGUUACACCCCCCAAAACCACUGGCCCCUUCCCCGGUGCGUGCGCGGCACGAGGAGCCAGCGCCGGGUCGGUCUCGUCCCCGCGCCCCAAACGUGGCGGCGGGUCCGGUUUGCUUUUUGUCUGUGAAAUAGUGCUGCGUCCUCAGCCUUGUAGGUGACACCUGGGUUUAUACACUGUAUAUUUAUGUUUCAGGAUAUCAUAUGUCUUUAUGUGUACAUAGUCUCGGGACGGGGAGGGGGGUAUAGUGUUUAGUUGUAGCUUCACCUUUUAAUGUCAUUUAAGAGCGGUACAGAGUACUUAUUUUCUUGUGUUAUUUUUUAAUUUAAGUUUUUCUUGGGGUAGACUGGAGAGAGAGACCCAGAUUCCUGAGGACAGUUGUACAAGAGGUUUGGGCCUUCUGAAUUUACCACCAGAACAAAAGGGAAACCAGCAAAUUACUAAUAAUUCCCACAAACACACCUUCGGUUUGGAGGAUAGAGUUUCUGUCUAUUUUUGUGUAUAUUUUUAUAUUGCUUGGGGCAGCCUCAUUACCAAAACUAUCUCUUCUAUGUUGGGGGUCAAGUUCAGUAGCACAACUUUCAAGCAAAAUUACUCUUUGGGCAUUUUAAAUGCUUAUUUUUUUAUAAGCCUCAAGACAAUUAAAACAAAUCUGUGUAUAGAAACGAUGUAAGAAACCAAGUUUAGUGGAAGUUUUAGAAGAUAUUAAAUAAAUUGCUGAAAGAUGACACAGAAAUCCUCUAAUACGGUACCAAGCAGUUGUGUGUGAUUCUUUCCUGACCAGACCAGCAUUUUGCUUACCGGAAAACCAAACCAGACGUGGUUUAAGCGCCGCGCCGCGCAGAAAGUCGUGUUAGCGGCUGUAUUUUCAAUCUCUUAUCCAGCUGUGCCCCUUUGGAAACACGUAGCAUUCGGAUCACGUAGCGAGCUGUAGUUUUGGGGGGAGAGUGGGAAGGAUCGGGCCUGUGGGCAGCUCUGCUUCUGUAGCUCCAGGAUUCAGGGGGUGAGAAGGAACGUGGGGUUCCGUCCCUGCUCCGGCGGAGCGGGGAGACCUUUCCCUCUUGGAACAGAGGAAAUUCAGUUGUGGCGCAAGUUCCUGGAGCUCCAGCCGCUUCGGGUCUGUCCAAAGCACCCAGGCUGGGGGGUCACAAAACCAUGAAGCCCACGUGCUGAACUCGAUACGGAUCUGAGCUUCAUGAGGUCAGGGAGGAUUUUUGGCUGGAUACCCACGAGGAUCCCGUAAUCCUUGAAAGCUUUUGCUUCCCCUUUGCUUUGCAUCAGAAUAAAGCAGGGUCUGGCGCGUUCCCGGGGAAAAAGCACGACUUGAAGCGUUAGGACACCCCCACGUUGAGCUGCGGGCGUUAUUAACCACUUGGAGAAGCUUCUGCUCCGUUUUGUGUCCAGGGCGAUGAGCACCAGAGAUGUUCACUGCACAGUCUGAUUGUAACUUGGGUGGGACUGUAACCUCACACCAAAACGUUCCACGGGAUGUUAUGUGAAUGUGUUUAAAAUGAAGAAGGGAAGAUGAAAUUGUAACUAUUGCUAUGAAGGGAAGAUCAAAUCUAUAUGUAGGGAGGGAUGGACAGACUGACCAAGCGGACUGGUGCGGUCUGUCUCUCCUCCAGUACGAAGCGCUGCUCUGUGGAUUGAGGAUGGCUUUUGUUUCGCUUGGGUUGGUCCCAUUAAGAUGCAUUUUCUUUGCACUCCUGGUGUUGUGCUGGCACCUUCUCCAGGGUCUUCUGCGACGCUGGAGACACCGACCUUUCCUCCCUGGCAAUUCUCUCAUUGCUACUUCAGACAGAAUUUUAUUGUUGCUGCUUUAAAAAAAGAAUAAUUAAAAUAUAUAUAUAUGCAAGCAAGCAAAUUAUUGAGCCUUUCAAAAGGAAUUUGCCUCUUCUUGAAGUCAAAGGGUGCGUAGGGAGAAGCGUCACAGUGAGUCACCGCGAUGUGUGAGGAGCACGAGAGCUCCCGUGAUGUGCGGUGGUUUGACCCCAGGUCUCUUAUCAGGCAAUUCAAGCUGGCUGGGAGAUAAGGGGGUGAAAAGGCCCCGUGCACGGGAGGGGAGCAAAACCCACAAAUAACAAGGUCCAUGACAGCACAAAAUGACCUGGGAUGGGGGGACCCCUGCUCCUCCACACCCCCUGCCCUCCUGGCAGAGAAAAGAGAGGAAAAUUCUUCUGACACAUCGUUGUUAUUGAACCGUUGCGCUUGCUUGUAGAAAAACGGCCACUGAAGGCAAAGGAGGCGAUUCCUGCUCGUUUGGACAAGUUGGUGACAUCCCUGACAAGUCUGGAGCAAAGAAAAUGCAUCUUGAUGGGGGUGUCGGCUCCCUCUGGGCCAGGGGGAGUUAAAUAAAGCCAAAGACUGUUGGGCUGCUAGCGGAAAUGAGUGACUGUAGAUUCACCUGAUGUUAUUUCGUGUUUACAAUAUUUAUUUUUAGUAAUUGACUGCGAUUAUAUUAUAUAUAGGCUUCCUUAUUUUUGUACUUUUCAUACCGUUUUCCCGAGUGUGGUGGUGUACUCCCCUGCUCCCCUUCGCCACGAUUGCUGCUCCUAGUCGGUGACAAAUAAAAGCGACAAAAAACCAA